CAGAAUUUUAUACUGUGAUAUCUGAUUCGCUCGAGUUUAUGACUCGCUCGACGCAAAUACUAUAGGUGAAUACGUUUGGUUUGGGAUUUUGGAAGAUGAAUAAAAUAGGAAAGCAGUAUAAUAAUGUUAACAAACCAAAUUGGAAAAGAGGAAUUGGAGAUCGUACCAUUCGAUUUAAAUGUUCUAUGCAGAAUGUUAUCAUGGAUGUUCUUCGUGGUAAAGGCUGGAUCGAGGCUAAGGAGGAUGAAACAGACUUUGAUUUUUUCUGGGCUGAUCGCAACUGGAUGAAAGAAUACUUUGAUCAAUGCUACAUGGAUGAGCAUGUCAGAAUCAACCACUUCAGGAACCACUACGAGCUCACAAGAAAGAAUUUGAUGGUCAAAAAUCUAAAAAGAUAUAGAAAACAGCUUGAUAGAGAAGUGGGAAAAUUGGAAGCUGCAAAAUGUGACUUCUUUCCCACGACCUUUGAACUUCCAUCAGAAUAUCAUAUGUUUGUGGAUGAGUUUAAGAGAUGUCCAGGCUCCAUAUGGAUCAUGAAACCAGUGGCGAAGUCCCAAGGCAAGGGUAUCUUCUUAUUCAGAAAGCUCAAAGACAUUACAGACUGGAAAAAGAGUGAUGUUUAUCGUAUCCGAGAUGACAAAACCGAUGACAAGGAGCCACCAGAGACAUACAUAGUAUCUCGCUACAUCGAACGACCAUAUCUUAUUGGAGGGAGAAAGUUUGACAUUAGAAUUUAUGUGCUGGUCACAUCAUAUAUUCCAUUGAAGGCAUGGCUUUAUAGAAGUGGUUUUGCAAGAUUCUCAAACACAAGGUUCUCAUUGGAGUCCAUCGAUGAUACAUAUGUUCAUUUGACAAAUGUUGCUGUUCAGAAGACGGCGCCCGACUACGAUCCAGAGAAGGGUUGUAAGUGGUCAAUGCAGCAGCUAAGACAGUACCUGACAGCAAGAUAUGGGAUUGAGACCGUGGAGAAAACAUUUCAAUUGAUGAAUGAUAUCUUUAUAUACUCGCUGCAAAGUGUGAAGAAGGUGAUGAUAAAUGAUAAGCACUGCUUUGAGCUGUACGGUUAUGACGUCCUUUUAGAUGUGGAUCUCAAACCGUGGUUAAUUGAGAUAAAUGCGUCACCGUCUCUAACAGCUAGUAACCAGGAAGAUUAUGAGCUAAAGUAUGGACUUUUAGAAGAUGUCAUCUGUAUUGUAGAUCAAGAGAACAAGUUGACUGGCAAGGAGAAACGUAUUGGUGGGUUUGAUCUGAUGUGGAAUGAGGGUCCUGUGCUUGCGGACGAUGGCGGAGCGGAUUGCAUCAAUCCACCAACAUACUCAACAAAUACAUUCCUAGGUUGCCAUAAUGACAGGAAGACCCAGCUUCAACAACUUAAGAAACAGCUAGCUGCUGCCAAGAAGCAUUGAGAAUUGAGCAAAAUCACAAUAACCAUUCAAGCAGCACCUCAUACUAUCUUUUAAAAUUACAGGUCUCCCUCUAACUAAAGACCCUUCCAAUUAAAGACCUUUAGUCCUGAAGUAAAAAAUAUCUUUAUUCUAAUUAGAGACCAAAACUGCUGAAGACCUUGGAAACCCAGUCCCAAAAGUGGUUUUUAUUUGGAGGGAGACCUGUAGUUAGGAUUUGAAAUUGUCUGAUGCUAAUAAUUUAGGUCGAAAAUAAUGGAGACCCAUAUGGAAAUGUUGAUGUCAUACCACAUCCAUAUAUAGGCAUAUGACAUUAUAUGUGGCAAAGACAAGCCAAACCAGUCACUUGUCGCAAAAAUCGAUUUUGAGUUAUUAAUACAGGGUUAAAGAGUAAAAUAAAAGCUAUAAAAUGC